AAAAGUGAUAUUUUCCCAAAUGAUUGCAUAGUAUAAUACGUAUGGGAUAGGCUUCUUCUUUGUAGAUAGAUAUCCAGGCAUUCUCGAGUUCAUUGAUGAACUGGAUCAAGCAAUUGUAGAAGUGAAUUCAUAGACAAAUCAACCGAUCCGAUCUUCGUUUCUUUCGCGAGCUCAGCUUCUGAUAGCAGCAAAGACGCCCCACCUCGGUGCCUUCCUUUGAUCCGUUUCGCAUUCUAAAGUCUGAAUUCUCACCGUUACGCUGCUUUCGUUGCCAAGGCGAUGGAGGAGUCCGGAACUCGACCUUCUGCCGCUAAGUUGUCUGGAAAAGUCGUUGCUAUUGCGGCCGGUGAAGCUCACACUCUCGUUCUCACAGGUAAGAGCUGACGAUGGAGGAGAUGGGAGUGUGUAUUCAUGGGGAAGAGGAAUGUUUGGGCGGCUUGGGACUGGGGCGGAAGCGGACGAGCUUUUCCCUGUUCGACUUAAGCUUGGUUCGGAGGAUAAGAAUCUCAGAGCUGUGGCAAUUGCUGCUGGUUCUUAUCAUAGCCUCGCUCUUGCUGAUGAUGGGUCAGUUUGGUGCUGGGGUUACAACAUUUAUGGCCAACUUGGAUUUGAUGGAGGGAAUUCCGCCACCCCCUGCUUGCUGAAGCAGUUCCUUGAGUUGGAAUCUCCUGAAUCUUUGACAGAAGAGUCAGGCUCAAAGAGCAAGGAGUCACUAAAGAUUUGUGACAUCAAAGCCGGGGGGUUGAUUUCUUUUGCAAUUGACGAUCUUGGAGCUUUAUGGAUGUGGGGUAAUUGUCCAAAACCAGACAGUGAGGAUGAAGUUGGCCUAUCUUAUGUUAGCAGCUUCACACCCUCUCCGGUGUGGGAGUUCCAUGGCCAUACUGUUGUUAAGGUUGCUUGUGGAAAUGCGCAUAUUGUGGCCCUGGUUAGUGUUGGGGAAACCUACAAUAAAGGUGGAGACUUAGUUUGCUACUCCUGGGGAGAUAAUUCUCAUGGUCAAUUAGGCCUGGGAGAUGGAGAUGGGAGGCCACGCCCCCAAAUUAUCGAGACGUUUAACGAGGCAUCCCCUUGGGCAGUGUACGAAGUAGCGUGCGGGGCAUUCCAUACUGCUUUGCUUACCCGCAGAAAGAGAUCAUGUGAUGACUUAGAAAGUGUGUGUUGGACAUUUGGUCUUGGGGAAAAUGGACAGCUUGGGCAUGGAACCACCCAAAAUGAAUUGCUUCCUAAGCCUGUAAAAGAAUUGCCACAAUCUGUAUCUCUGAUCUCAGUUGAUUGUGGCCUAUUUCAUACGAGUGUUGUUUCAUCAGAUGGAGAUCUGUGGUCUUGGGGAAUGGAAAGGGGACUUGGCCUUUGUCCAGAUGCUAGUUUUACUGGAACGGACACCGGGGAUGCUAUAUCUCCCCUAUCCAUCUUCUGUAAUGGGUCUGCAUCACCAAAAUUUUUGGAUCCUGUUCAAGUUGCUUGUGGGGCUGCUCAUACUGUUAUAGUUGCACAUAAUGGAUAUAAAUUGUGGUCGUGGGGACGAGGAAGAAGCGGGGUUCUGGGAAAUGGUAAGACAGUCGAUUGUUUUACUCCCACGAUCGUCUUGUGGCCUCCACUUGAUGAGGAUUUCAAUCAAGAGGGAACUGAAACCAAAAGCGAGGAAGAAAAAGUUGAAGAAAAUAAAACCGAGGAAGUAACCGAAGAAAAUAAAAAGCUAUUAAUAGCAAUGGAGGAGAUAAAACUUCUUCAAGACAAGUUAUCCAUCAUGGAACGGUAUGCAAGCUUUCUUCAUGGCUCGAUAUUUGGAAAACCUUUCCAAGAGGGAGAUAUCCCACUCUCAUUGCGAAAUUCUGGUUAUUUCGACAUUGCUAAGGAAUGGGAAAACAUGUUAGAGUCAACAGAUCGCCCAAAUCUUUUGAGGUUGGAGGUGGUCUAUCAAAAUAUGCUGGUAAGUAUCAAAGACAAGAUAAUGAAGAAAAGGGUUCAGGAGCUUGUGAAGGAGUUUCUUCAAUCAUCGACGUCCUCAAAUUAGUGCUGUAAUCUGAGAGGCACUGAAGCUAUCAUUAAUCAGGUAUCAAAAAGUCGAACAUCUUUUAAGUUAUUCUGCUUUUCAAGUUUGCCAUCAAAGAUUAUCAGUAAUAUUGUACAACAGAUUGUAGGUUAUGUAACUUCUAAAUAGCCUGCCCUUUUUGGGCCUGAUGUUUAAGUUCUGUAAAAGUGCAUCAAUAUGAUUUCCAAAGCCAUAGUUGAUAUUUUUAAUA